AUGCAUUUCAAGAAUGGAAUAUCGGAUUGUGUACUUUCCACCGGAAGUGGACUUUUUGCAUUCUUGGGCAAAUUUGCAACAAUGGCAAAUAAUAUUGCGGAGGAUGAACAGGUACAGCUAAAAGAAAAAAAUAGAUUUUCCUGGUUCGCUGUGAAGAGGUGAUAUUUGAAGUACUAUGUGUAUUUGGCGAUGGUGUAUUUAACGGUAGUGCGUUCUUGUUUCUUUGGAAUAUGCAUAGUCAAGAGUCUCCUGCAGUUGUUCUAGUACCUGCUUGACAAAAACUGGAAGGGUACGCCAAGGAUGUCCUUGCAGAACAGCUGGGAAAUUGUGCACUGCGGCUUGUAAGUGCGGAACAAGGAGAAAGCCGUGUAAAAACAAGUUGAGAUUUUGCUGCGAUUUCACACAAGCCUAGCUUCACGCACACUGUCAGUAAGGUUUUACCGUCAGUAAUUCUUUGGGAAAUUUUUUUUCCCAGCCUGAAAGCGGGAAUCAACAAACAGGUGCCUCCAAUGAGCAUCAGGAGAAUCAACAACAGCUGAUAAGCGAAGAAGAGGAAGGAAAUUUGGAGAAUCGACGGGUUGCGGUAAUAGUGUGUAAUUAGCGUUAGUUCCAGUCAUCAUGGCGAAUUGUCAUGUGUUAUCUGUCACCAAAACAGGCAAAUGAUGCUUGAAUAAAGGUAAAAAAAGUGAUUAGAUUUUUCUUGGCGUCAGUUCUGAGCUUUGCUCUUGGUCUGAAUCGGAAAUUGUUGCCAUUAUGGUGGCAAAUGUCCACAGCGUGAUACAGUAUACCAUUACACUAAGAGUUUGUAUCUCCUUUGUUUGUGAAAAUAUGUAUAGCAGUGGUUAUUGCUCACCACCAAAUAAAACUAUACAUAGUAAACGACUUAGGCUAUAAUGAUGUUCUGACAGAUAAUUUGCCAUUUUGCUGGCACUGAAAUAGGUUUUAUUCUUUCACAUGUAGGAAUUCAUAAACACCCUUGAUGAGCAAAUGGUAAAAACAUUGGCCAUCAGAGCAUUGCAGAGGAGUGUAGGAAGCAUGGAUUAUGUGGAUUCACUUUUACUUAUGGAACCAGAAGAUGAGAGCAAUAACUCUGACCAGGAACCCAAUGUUGCUGAUGAUGAUGCCUCACCUCUGAGUGUGCCACUAUCAAGUACACAAGUUAUUGAC